AUGAAGAAGAACCAGAGAUCAGCAAAAGAAGAUCACAUGGAUGAUCAUUCAGGGUAUGAGGAUUGGUGCUUCAUCUGCAAAGACGGUGGGGUUCUAAUUCUAUGCGACCACGAAGGCUGCUCCAAAGUCUAUCACCCUCGCUGCGUCGGCAAGAAGAUCUCUUCCUUCAAAAACCAAAAGCGCUGGAUUUGUAGUCACCACUCCUGCUCAGCCUGCGGUGGUGCCGUCACCGGAACUAAGAGCAUCUCUUGCCUUCUUUGCACUUAUGCAGUGUGUGGUAGUUGCAGCGAAAGCACCCAUUCUUUUGCAGUGGUGAGAGGGAAGGAGAAACACGGUCUUUGCAAUGACUGCUUAGGUCUUGUUAGGCUUGCAGAAGAAAAUGCAGAGUGUGGGCUAGAUGGAAAGAAAUUAGACUUUGAGGAUCCGGAAUCAUCCGAAUACGGAUUCAAAGAAUGUUGGGAAAUCAUCAAGGAAAAGGAGGGAUUGACGUUGGAUGAUCUCUACUUCCCAUAUUCCAAAGGAGAAAAAGAUAGUCAUCAUGACAGUGAAGACACAGAACCACACAAAUCCACAUUGGGGAAACGGAAGGCAGAAGCCGAAAUUAGCGAGGAUAGAGAAGAUGAACUUGAUAGUGAUGAUCUCGCCACACGCAAUCAAAAGAAGCAAAAAUUAGUGAGUUCAUCUAUGAUAUCAGAAUCUGAGCUGCACAAGGAAAAUCAUUACUCCAAGGAAAAGGAGGAAAUGAUUCCUAGUCCAACAAGGAAUGACGAAUCAGAAGGGUGCUUUGCAUCUAUAGUUGCAAGUAAUAUGAAGCUUGUCUACUUGAGAAGGAGCUUAGUGGAGGAGUUGAUGUCCAAGCAGCCUGAUAGUUGGGAAAGAAAACUAGUUGGAAGUUAUGUGAGAGUGGAAAAUGAAUCCGAGGACUACUUUCAGAUAAAAUCUUCUUGCCAACUUACACAAGUGAAAGGCAUAAUUAGGAACCACAACAAAGGAGGAGAAAUUCUCCUGCAUCUACUUACUAAAGAGGUUCCAAUUUCGAUGUUAUCGGAUUGCGACUUCACUAAGGAAGAUUGUGAAGAUAUGCAAGAAAGAGUGAAACAUUACCUAAUGAGGAGACCGACGGUUGUUGAGAUUGAACAAAAAGCAAGAGAGCUGCACAAGGAUAUAACUAAGAAUUGGAUUGAGAGAGAGUUGAUCCGGUUAGAGAACUGCAUACGUCACGAGAAAAGUCAGCAUGGAUGGAUCAGCGACGAGUUACCUGAGUAUUUGAAACAAAGAGAGUUGCUAAGGCAACCAUCUGAGCAGGAAAGACUCUUAAAACAGGUGCCACAAGUCAUUGCAGAGGAACUAGACUUGAGCAAUUUAUGA